AAUACAUAAUAUUGGAAAAGGAGGAAGGGCGCAGAGUGGGACUGCAGCCUUCCCGUCUGGCGGACAGUUGCAGCAUAGGGUUGCCCCAUCGUCACUCGCUGAAGUGCAUGUCAGGACUUGUUGUCAGACAAGAGGAGGGCGUGGCGUGCGGCUCCCAGCCGCGGGAGUGAAAGCCGAGGAGAACGCAAGUCUGCUGCAUUCUUCUUUGUAAUCUGCUGCAGGAUCGCACACUUCUGUGACUCUGGAGAAAAACUAGCGUUUUUUUUCCCUCCCUCCCCCAGCCGCGCCGUGUUCAGCGUUUUAUGACAUCAUUCGGUUUGGCCGCUGCCAUAUUUUUACAGUAACAAUAACUUGGCGGGAUGACACUCGGGCAGGCUGUCAGCGAGCGAGGGCACUAAGCGUGCGAAACGGCGUCUUCUGAUGACAAAUAGGAAUCGACAUCGCUUGAGCAUUUACUGCCAGCCGGUGAUUACGAAGCGACAAGAAAGUCAAUCUAAACCUGGUAUGGCUCGGGCCCAGACCAACGGAGGCAGAGACGACAAUCAGCAGGGAGGCCGGCAGAGCUGCCGCAUGGAGGCUAUGCAGCCGGAGGUCUGGCUCACGUGCAGCGGCCGCCGGCCGUGCUGCCAAUGGCGCGUCAGGUCCACCCCGUCCACCCCCGCAUGGGUUUGUCCACGCCAGGAACCUAUGGCCAGUACGUCCCCCUCGGACAUCACAGACAGCGUAAUCCCUCAAAGGACAGACUCGCACCAAGCGGGAGGGAAUGGACCCAUCAUAAUGAGAGCCGGUGACAGACAGGAAGCCCCGCAUGGCCGAAGUCAGCGCCCUCUAGGGGACGCCCAGGAGAACAGCCCCCCCGGUGGAGCACCGCAAUUGGAAGACGAGGUUUCAGAGAGGGUGGCUCACCGGCUGAGGAUCAUAGGGGACGACAUAAAUGCCACGUUCCUGCAAAGAGGGAAUGCUGUCCUGCCUUGGCAGAACUGGAGGGGUGUCUGCAGGGGACUCUUUCUCUUCAUCACGAAUACGCUCUGCACCGUCUACCAGCGAAGACGCACGUAAAAUCUUAGGACGGAGGGCACGGGCAAGAUGUACUGCCCUCUCCCGUCCCUCCCCAGAGAGCACAGGCAGCGCCAGCUAACCUGCGGGUUCAGGUUACGUCGUUUCUGUUAUUGCCGUCCCUUCGUUCCGCCUUUGUAUAUUCUGUACAUCGCUUUCCAUCUGGCCGCGCCACGGCCGUAGGGGGUGGAGCCUGGAGGGCUGGUUGGCUGUGACCGCACCCUUUUCUGGAAUCUUAGGAGGAGCGAAGUGAACCGUAGGGUGAGGACCUUGACCGUGCAGAGUCGGUGAAAUGGGAACGGGCCCCGUUUUCCGGUGCUGAGCCGCGUGGCUCUGCUCGGCCUCCCACGAUGCCUUUGCCUUCUUUCACUCUGGAGCUUGACAGCCCCUCUCCCUACAAGAUGUGCUCCUUUAUAACAGGGAAGGCUGUGAACUUUGUAGAUCCAGCCUGGGAAGUCAUGCAAAAUUAUGCCCGUUGUGUUUUUUCGUUUCGUUUCGUUUUGUGUGAGUAGCCCGUAACAGGCUACAGCACCACAGCGAGUUGGUCCCAUGGAGCCAUGAUGGUCCCCAACACCGGGGUGCUAGGGCAGGGAUACAGCUGAAGACCGAUUUGCCUCUAAAUGUAUGUCCGUGUGUAAGAAUAUCAUUUGCAAUUAGUGUGUCACCCCUACCCUGCAUUUGCCUGAAAAUUAUUCAGAUGAUAUAGUUUUCUACAGACUCCCUUUAACUUGGGCCACGUUUUUAGUGCCCUCAUCUCCCCCCCCCCCCCCCCCCCCCCCCCAAAAGACACGACAUCUUGACCCGCGGUGGACAAUCCGCUCGGAGUUUGUGGGAUCCACAUGGCCCCAUGGUGUAUGACCGGUGUGCUCGUGGCACGUACCGAACUCAAAUUCACAGCCAGUGUGUCGUCGUUCCGGCAUUAAGCUCUGUUUGGUGUCCAGCAAUUUGCCAAAACAAAAAAAAAAUGUAAUUGUGAUCGGUGGCCUAGUUGCAGUGUUAAUAGUUGGAAUAUGUUUGUGUAAAACUGGGAGGAAAACAGGUGUCGUAUGGAUAAAGUGGUUUGGCAAAAAACCUGGUCCACCAAUUAGUUUGUUUUUCUGGCUAACCUGUUGUUGAACAGUUACAUUUUAUUUAAGUUCUUACAUCUGGGAGUUUAUUUAUGACUUGGAAGAAAUCUGCACUAUGAACUUUUUUUUUAACCACCUGUUGAACUGUUGUGUAACACAGUGGCCAACUUGAAUUGGAAUUGAAAUUAUGUUGAAGUUAAUGUAUUUAUAUACAGUAGAUCUUUAAAUAGUAUUUCAGGAAUAUUUGGGUUAGUUGAACCUGAUUAUUAUUUUGUCUUUUUCCAUUUGUUAUUUUUUAAAAUAUAUUUUUCAUGUUUUGUCCCUGUGUAGGUUCAACUGUUGUUGAAAAGUGGGCCUGUAUAUUUUUUAUGACAGCCAGAAAUCUCUUAUUUCUUCAAUAAAGUAAAACCUCAAAGAAUCCAAAAGUCAUUUUUAUUUUAAAAUGAAACAAAUAUGAAUCAGUCACUUUACAGAAUAAAUUAUUUAAAGCGUAAUUACAAAUUUUAUGCUGUGCAUUCAUGACAUAUAUUUCCAUUUUCGGGGAGAGUGGGGGUGGCGGGGGGUUGUUAAAGUGAACAUUGUUUUGCCUAUAGGUUACAUUCCUGUUUCACUGCUCCAAAAACCACUAAAGACUUACUUCUGGCAAGGAAGAUUAUGUAAACACAGCACUUGAUAAACUAUUUCCGUAGUCAGAAAGUGGAUUCACAUUCUACUUUUGUUUUUGGUUGACAAAGUUAUCAUCACCUCAACGUUGUCGCUAUAAUUGGACCAAAGCUAAACCAUCUGGUCAGGGACAUAUUCCCCUAAAUAUUGGGUGAUAUUGUGACAACACACUGUUCCAGCACUACAGAAAAUAUUGGAUGACGGUGUAAAUGACAUCCUAUCUGCUUCUGGUGAGUGAGUUUGCAUCCAGAACGCCAUUUAGAUGUAGCAUUGGGUCAUUUAACACUGUAAGGAUAGAAUUUGUUAUAAAGUUUAUUAUUAUUUUUUUUUUAAAUGAUGAUUCAGGAAAUUAAAGUCUAGCUUUUAAACUCCAGCCGAAACAGAAAGAGGUACUGAGGUAUAACAGCGCGUGUAUAACCCUGACAAUUGAACUUAUUUGCAGUUGGGUACAUUUAGGCCAGUUUAAGGUUUAUUUUCAGAAUUGUCACCCAAAGAACGCAUAUCCCAUGGUUCAUAGCAGUUCUGUUAAAGCUGAGUUCUUGAUUUUUCUAGUUCCUGCCUUUAAUAACGCGUACAAACUUGAUAUAUACCAAGGUGCUAGAGUCGAUAUGUGAUUUGCUCCUUUUACAGGAGUUCCUGUUGCUUUGUUGCCAUACUUUUGACAUGGCCUUGCAGAGAAUCAUUAAUCUAAAAACCUUUAAACAAAAUCUGGAUGUUUUUAUUACUUUGAGGUAUAAGACCUAGACUGAACCCCACAAGCACGCACUUACCCUUGAGUGUCUCCACGACACUGAGUGUGGGUGUCCACUUCCUGUGGCAGCCUUUUGACUUCUCAUAGUGAGCGUUGGUGGUUCACUUCCUGUGGCGACCUCGUGACUUCCUGUGAUGUUUUGAUCUGCAAUCUCCAGUACAGUCCUUUUCUAAGGGAACCGCCUUACUGUAUUUGUUAAGUACCACUGUGUCUGUUACAAUAUGAUGCUGAGACUGUGUAUAUUUGCUAUUUGAUAUUUUCUAUGUGAAUUUCCAUGUGAAUUUUUUAUUUUCAUUUUACAAUAAAGGGUAAAAAUGUUA